UUUUUGAUAUAAAAUAAAUCAAACUAAUUAAUUUGAAGUUUAUAAUUUUAAAUGGGUCCAUUUAUAAAAUAAAUUUUAAAUUGUAUGUUUUAUGAUUAGCAUUGAACAGUUUUAGUUCAAAAACAUAGACAACAUACUAAACAUUAAGCUAUAAAUACUUUUAAACUAAAAGAGACAUAAUAUCAUGAAGACUUUAAGAAAAAAUAUUUCCAUGAAAUUGAAUAUGGCGCAGUAUCAACUAUAUUCGUCCGCUAAUGAACCAGCGUCAGUGGCUCAUUGUCCAAUAGAUCGUCUAAUUCCUGAGUAUAGUCCUGAAGACCCACAACCGUCACACAAUCAAAACAGUGCUAUGCCGUUUACAAUUGAUUAUUCAUAUUUCAUAAAUGACAUUUCGUCUAAACGACAGCCGUCUCUACUUCGAGAAAUUACUAGAGUGUUGGAGAAACUACCAAAAAGCUGCAUAAAAUUCGGCGUAGGAGUACCGAACGUACUAACAUUUCCGUUCAAGAAAAUUAGCGUGGAACUAAUUACUGGAGAGAAUAUUAAACUUCAAGGUCAAGAACUCUCUGAUGCCUUGCAAUAUCUGCCAUCGGUUGGAUAUCGACCAUUGAUUAAAAUAUUGGAAGAAAUACAAGACAGGUUUCAUGGACCUCAAUGUUGGAAUAAAAGAAGUAUCAUUAUGACAUCUGGCGCACAAGAAGGAUUAUCAAAGGCUGUGGACAUGUGAAUGCGUUGCAACGACUCAGUGAUUAUGCCUGAUCCUGUUUACACGGGAGCCGUUGACUUGUUCAGACCAUAUGAUGCUGAGAUCAUACCGAUAGUACAAGAUUCUUGUGGUAUGGUGGUGGAAGAAAUUGAGAAAGUUUUAGUUGAAAGAAAAAGAAAAAAGAUGCCAAUGCCCAAGAUUAUUUAUGUGAACCCUACUGCAACGAACCCUACAGGAACUACAUUACCCACUCACAGGAAACGUGAAAUUUACCGAUUGGCUUGUGAAUAUAAUAUGCUCAUUCUUGAAGACGAUCCAUAUUACUACUUACAUUUCGAAAAAGAAAAUCCUGUAAGUUUUUUGUCUAUGGACACAGAGGGCAGUGUGCUUCGAUUCGAUUCGUUUUCGAAAAUCAUGAGCUCUGGUUUACGUGUUGGAUUUGUAACCGGACCCAUAACGUUACUGCAUAGAAUGGAACUACACAUGCAAACAUCAUCAAUGCACACUUCAUCAUUAUCACAAGUACUUUUAUACAAGCUCCUAUCACAAUGGGGCGAAGAUGGUUUGAUUUCUCAUUUCAUGCAUAUCAGAAACUUUUAUAAGGAAAAGUUGGAUUACACAAUGUGUGCAGUUAAUAAACAUCUUCGAGGACUAGCUGAAUGGUACGAGCCAAAUGGUGGCAUGUUUCUGUGGUUGAAAAUAAUUGGACUGAACGAUGCCAAACAAUUAGUCGGUGAUAGAUGUUUGGGUAAAUUAAUACUUUUAGCUCCUGGAUAUGCGUUAUCAGCCAAUGCUGAAAAUCCAAGUCCCUACAUUCGACUUUCGUAUUCCAUUGCAUCGCCAGAAGAAGUUGAUCGAGGAAUAUUACUGCUGGCGGAAGCUAUACGAGAAGAAUUGUUGGAUCAGGGUGCGUAACAAUAACACCAAAUCAUACUUAUCAGUUAACGAUUAUGACUAUAGAAUAAGGAUCUGUAUGAAUUUGCAACUAUAUUUUCGUUGAUUGUAUAAUAUUAUGUUAAGUUAUCGGUGAUAACUUAUCACAUUGUUUAAGUUUUAAGUUUUAAUUGUAUUUUUUUUAUUCAUACCUAAUAAUACACAUUGUAAUUAAAUAGUGAAAAUAAAAAUGUAUGAAAAAUUA